AUGGCCGAUUCAUCUAGAACCAUUAAUCACAAGCUUAAUGAUUUGUUAAGUAAAAACAAUAUCUCCAAAAAUAAGCUCGACGCGCCAACUGCGAUCAAUUAUGCAACAGUCCUCAAAACAAACAUUCUCGGGAAGGAUAAGCAGGAAAAAGUGAAUCUGAUUGUCGUUUUGGCUAAGUUGCUUGACUGUAUAGUUGGCGGAGAUGCCGUUCUGAACGAUUUUACCAGAGUUCUUGAUCACACUUUGUUCUCUACCCUCUUCUCUAUCGUUUCGCCUAAUAUGUCUACCGAAACGUAUAAGGCCAUUUUGAAAAUUGCCGUGAUAUUGAUUUCCGGCACUAUUUUCAAAACGAGAGACGAUGAGAACAUGUCAGUGUCAAUUGACAAGUAUUUACCAUUGUAUGAAUGUUUAAUUGAAUACUUAGAUGUUUUGGAUAUUAUGACUCAAAAAUUAUAUUUGCAAGAUAACAAGAUCACUUACAAUUCUAUAAAAUUGGUGACUGAUUUAAUUAACAAGGCAUUGAAGCACGAAUAUAACGGUAUUAUCACCUUGGCUGGUAGAUUGAAGCAUGUUGCCUUUUUCUCCACAGUUGGUAACUUAAUUGAUACCGAUGACAGAAGUAUUUUAGACGGAAUACUUCUUUUGAAAAUUUCAUACUACAACUUAAACGAUUUCCUCUCUAAGACACACUUUGAUUUAUCGAUUAAAUCGCAUCAAGUUAUGUUGAAUAACUUAUUCAUCUUUUUGGAAAUUUCUCUUAACGAAUUCGGUACCGUGGCAACCACAGAAGAGUACGUUAAGGCCGGUUUCACGGCAGAUCCUAGGAAGUUUGUAGUUGAUAAUUUUACCGUUUUGUUAGCUAUGGAUUUGAAGAUUUUCCUUAAGGACCCAAAUAUCACUUUCAAAAAGAGAUUCCACGAAGAGUUAAUGAUGAGUAACCAUAAUAGAACUUUCCCCUUGUAUUUAUUCAUCGGUAAAGUUACUGACUUGUGGAUCAAAGUUUUCCAUCAAACAGAAGAACAUCCAGGUAUUUAUGAAAAUAUUUUAAGUUGGGAAUUGAUGAUUUACUAUACUAUGAAUAACUGUCUUAUAUUAUGGCAGGAUACAAGGGCUCAAUUGGAAGAUUCAAAUGACGUUGACAGAAUUUUGCAAUUGUUAGAAAGUCAAAUUGAUAACGUUGAAAGUGAUAUGAUUUCCGGAAAGAAAACUGUUGAAGAAUGUUUAGACAUAACCAACCAUUCCUCUUCUUACGAGUUAAGACAUAGACAAAUAAUGAAAUUGAAGCAAGAACACGAGAGAUUAUGGAAAUCUCAAUUCAAUGAAUUUAACAGAGACUUAAACCAAGAAGUUAUGGAUUUUGUUUGUGAACAGAGAGUAAUUCAAUUGUUAAAGGGAUCUUGGGUCCACACUGAAAGUCACGGUGAACAGAUGUUGAAAGUGAAUUCCAUGACAAACUUCAAACUGCAAAAUGCUAAUAAGUACUACUUCAUAACUUUAUCUCCAAAUAGAAAGUACGUUUACUACAAAGAGUACAAUGAGAAAACUUUAGUAAAUCCGUCAUACGAAGAGUUGGAAAAUCAAUCUAUUAGAUUAAUGGAUAUUGUUGAUUUUAGAAGUACCAAGUUAGGAGACCACUUAGGUGGUUCGGGUGCUCUGUCUACCAAUGGGUCAACCAGUAAUGGCAAUGGACUGGCUAAUGGGGGAUUCGGAAGUGGAUUAAACCACCAUGCAGCUGUCAGCGGUGUUGCAGAGGCUAAACCUCAACAAGUAGUCACCGUAAAGGGAACAAUUUCAUAUGAAAAGAUUACCCUCAUAGGAGACAAUAACAGGAAACUUUUAUCCUUCUACACCGACACGGAGGUCAAUAAGUACGUCUGGCUUGAUGGGUUAAAGAUGUUGAAGGGGAUGAUCAAACCCGGUCAACUUUCUGACGAGACUGAAAAGCAAAUUCAGUCAUUGGUUGAUAUCAGAAGAAAUGCCCAAUUGUUAAGUCUUGAAGAUCAAAAAAUUGGAGGAGAAUUGAACUUCGAUACCAAGCUAUUGGAAGAUUCUGAAGACGAUGACGAUGAAGAGGAGUUCUACGACUUGGAUGAGUUGGUUAGUGUGACAACAGAUGGGUUUUACUAUAAGUAA